CAGUAUAUGAAAAUAAUGGGUAUAGCAUGCUAUGGCUACGAAGUUAGCAGUGACGACAAAUACGUCCAAAGCAGAUGCGGCAAAAAUACUAACGACAACAUUACAAUAGCAACAACGGAUCUAUUUACAUUACCAGUUGCUUUUUCACCAGCAAUAGCGAUUGCGCGUCGCCGGUAUGUCAUUUGCAGUACCUCCAUUACUCCAAAAGUUCCCGUCCUCAUUGCCGCGCUUUAUGCUCCAAGAGACAAAGUCUCUACCAUUUCAUCACAGCGGGGAUUUAGUAACAGCAACAUCACUGUCAACACCUCCAACUGUUAUCCUACUAGUGCAGAUACAGCUUGUAACACAGAGCUCAACGGUCAAAUCCGUAGCCGUAGAAGUUCAAAACUGAAAAUCGAUACGGAAAGAGGAAAAAUAUCAUGCAGUCCAGCUUUACUUGAAUACAGCUUCGAUAGCGGCAUAGGUAUGGGCUCCAGCAGCUUUACUGGUAAUGUUUCAGUAGUGGAUGAAAAAUUAACCUCUAAAACAGAAAAUAUUAAAACACUUAAGAGUGGCACUGAUAUUAUCGGUACAGAUAUUGAUAGCGUGAGUGGCAAUGAUGCCGUUGACUUUAAUGGUAAACUUGCCACUUUCGUUAGCAUCGACAAUGGCAUCAGCAAAUACUCUAAAGAAGAAAUAAGUUGGAAAUUGAGAUACGAGCGGCUGCAACAGUGUCGUCUCAUCCUAUUCGCGUUAGAUCGGCAGCAAACCCAAUACCGACAGUUGCGCGAACGUCUCAGUAAAAUUGGUGAAGGACGAAUCGCUAAAAAGGAACCUGUGAUUGAUAACAUUUGUAAUGUUUGCUCCUGUCCAAUCAAUAUAAUUGAUUCUAAAAGCUUUAUUACGUGCUUCGUAUGCAAGAAAAGAAUAUGUCACGCUACCAAAUGCUCAAAUUUCGUUCCAAAAUCUGGUCGGCGGGAAUGUCAAAUAUGCCAUUUCUCGAAGGACUCGCUUACACAUACACAGUCUUGGAUAACAGAACAAAUGUUCUUCAGCCGCCAAAACCAUUCGUAUCCAGUGCGAGCACGAAGUGAAAUUUACAUACCGAUACAAGAUUAUAAUGAAGGUUCCACAAAUUUCGAAAGCGUAAGCCAAGUAGGAGCAAAUUGUUUUGCUAUUACUUCAGAUCAAAAAACGAAAAUACGCGAAUAUGUGGAGGAAGUGGUGGCUAAGCUGUUGGGCAAUUCGCUAGACCAAAUACGAGUCACUCAAUUAUCAAAAAGUGAAAAUUAUCUUCCUGGCAUCCUGAAUAAUCAUGUAAUUCAUCAACACCCCGUGGGCUUGAAUGACAACCAAACCAAAGAGAACAUCCUCAGUGAAUUUUCCGAAAUUUCACAAGCAAGACUUCGAAAUAUGGUUGAAUCAAUAAUAGCGGAAAUGCUGGGAACGUCAGGUCUGACGAAUGUUAACGUAUCUGAACCAGAACUCAAUACAAAUACGUAUGGAAAUGGUCGUUCACAACUUUCUCAUCGUCAUCGUACUGAACAUUCUUUUGAACCAAAGGCCUAUCAGGACUUCCUAGCCAAGGCAGUGUUAAAUAAGAUCGCUGACAAUGAAGGGUAUAUCCGUAAAUUAUCGGAAAGUACACCCGAUCUAAGCUCAUGCAACAUUGACAUCAACUUUAAUAUGGACGAUAGAAGCAUUUCACCUGAAAGUUCAUUGGAGACUACAAGUCCUUUCAACUAUACAGAUGCACAGCAUUCAUCAAAAAUCAUCAAAGAUUUAGAUCGCGAAUCAACAAUAAACGAUUACAUAGCCUCUCACACAGUACCGCUACCCGAUUUGUCAACUCCAAUGACAGAUUAUGAGGAGGAUGACAUGGCAUCUGUAUCUUCGAGUAUUCUAGUCGAAGGCAAUUGGGAAGAUAAUUGGCUUUUUAGGAAGAAGCGUCCUUCAUUAACUACCUCCAUAACUGGCAGUGUAGGUAUGCUAGUACCUGCACCUAAAGAUGAUGUUCGUGCUCAAAUUGGGGAUAAGACUACCGAUGAAAUUAGUGACCUCUCUGAAAUUGAUUCAGAUACGGAUGAUUCAGUACAAAUAUGUGCAGGCCUUGAUCCGUAUAAUGAUCGAAUUGUAAAUAAACACCUAAUUGGUGGUCAGAAUACAAAAGUGAUUUUAGACGAAUUGAUUGAAACAGCUAGUUUGAUAUCAAAUACAUCACAUUCACCAAAUGAAGCCAAUUAUAUUGAAACUAGAAACGAUCAUAUUGUGGAAAAGUCGUUAAAAACUGAAGCGUUUAAUUCAAAAGUUGCAAAUCAUUCGCCCCUAGAACUUAAAAUUAGUUCAAAAUCGAUGCCAACGAGUUGUUAUGAAGCUCAUACGGCGCAGGAAUCGGAAAAUAAUCCAAUAUCAGCUCCAUUGCAAGCUACUGAAAGCAUUGAAGUCGACGAAAGUUGUACAGGAUUUAGUUCAGUCGAAAUAUUUGAAGAACCCGGUUUAAGUCACGACACUAGGUCAAUUUGUCAAGGAACAUCCGUUAUUGAAAUUCUCGCUGCAAUUACUUUAGCACCGUUGUUGGCUGUUCCUGCUUCAGAACAACCAUCUAUUCAAGCACCCUUCGAAAUGAAUGCAAUCAAAGAGUUAAGUGAUUUAGCUUUGGCAGAAAUAAAAUUACGUAUACCUGAAUUGAGCCACCACUCACUUGAUAUCAUAGAUGAGGAAGAAGAAACUAAAGUUAUAAACUCGUUAGAAAUAAACGAAAGUUGCUCAGAGAAGUGCGUUCCAUUAUCAGAUAUUAAGGAAAAUAUGAAUUCACCAUUGAUUCCAAAUGCAAUCACAAAUUUAGCAGAUGAAAACGAUUUACACGAGCUGGCGAAUAAAAUUUGUGCAGAGACACAUUCACCGGAUAUAACAAAAGUACUGUUACCAUCGUCGUUGGAAAGAACUUCGUUCGAAGAUUCUAAUAGAUCGAAUAUAACACAACUCCCCGAACUUAAGACAUAUUCCAUUGAAGAGCCUUCAAAUGUAAUAUUAUUGCAUUCAGAGGCGGAAAGUCAACUGUCCUCAAAACCAAUCAUAAGAUGUAGCUCUCAUGAAGAACCAUUUGAAACCAUCUAUUCUUUAGAAAAAGAGAUACCUAAAAUCAGCACUGAAGCUGUUAUCGGUAUUGUUAAAGAAACAAAAGGUAUAUUGUCUUCCGAAGCCACUCAAUCUUUUGAAUUUGAGAAACAAGUACCUUAUAAUGAAACUAGAGAUGAGCCUGAAAGCGAGACACCAGCAGAUAACAGUAUCGAUACAGAUACAGUAAAAUUAAAUGAAAGCGAAAACCAAUACACAAGUAAUGAACCAAAAAUAGAGCGUAAUAUAAAUGCAAAAAAUAAAAAUGAAAAACACUACAUAGAGUACACAGAUGAACGCAAUAACGAAGCAGACACAAAAGAAUCCUCUGAAACACCUGAUACCCACAUACCGGAUAAACAAGAACCUAUUAGUGAGUCAACAGGAGAAUGUAUUAUGGAUAAGCAAGCAAUAGCAUUCUCUGUAACAGAUAAUGGAACACAAAAUCCCUGUAGUGAACCAGAAGUAGAAACUGUUAUGGGUACAGAAUGUGAAAAUCCAACGCCCUCCACCCAUCAAGUAGAAAAGUGUGCCAUUGAGAAGGAAGUUCCGGAAUCUUCACAAACGUUGUACAUUUUAGUAACUGAUAAACUACAAUCAGUCUGCGAGUUACCAGGAGAUAAAAAUAUGGAUACAGAAGCGGGAGAAUUAUCAGAAAUCGAAAAACAAAUAGCUUGUAAUGAACCAGAAAUAGAGUGUGCUAAAUAUGCACAAAGUGAAAAUAAAAUAUCGUACAUUGAUCAUAAGAAUGAACAUGAUAAUGAAGUAGAAACUCAAGAAUCCUCUGAAUCACCUGAUACCCACAUACCGGAUAAACAGGAACCUAUUCGUUCGUCAACAGAAGAAUCUAUUAUGAAUACAGAACUAGUAGAAUUGUCUGUAACGGAAAAUAGAAUACAAAAUCCCUGUACUGAACCAGAAGUAGAAACUGUUAUGAGUACAGAAUGUGAAAAUCCAACGCCCUCCACCCAUCAAGUAGAAAAGUGUACCACUGAGAUAGAAGUUUCGGAAUCUUCACAAACGUCAUACAUUUUAGCAACUGAUAAACAACAAUCAGUCUGCGAGUUAAAAGGAGACAGAAAUAUGGAUACAGAAGCGGUAGAAUUAUCAGAAAACGAAAAACAAAUAGCACGUAAUAAACCAGAAAUAGAGUGUGUUAAAGAUGCACAAAGUGAAAAUGGAAUAUCAUACAUUGAUCAUAAGAAUGAACAUGAUAAUGAAGUAGAAACUCAAGAAUCCUCUGAAACACCUGAUACCCCCAUACCGGAUAAACAAGAACCUAUUAGUGAGUCAACAGGAGAAUGUAUUAUGGAUACACAAGUGGUAGAAUUCUAUGUAACAGAUAAUGGAACACAAAAACCCUGUACUGAACCAGAAGUAGAAACUGUUAUGCGUACAGAAUGUGAAAAUCCAACGCCCUCCACCCAUCGAGUAGAAAAGUGUGCCAUUGAGAAGGAAGUUUCGGAAUCUUCACAAACGUCGUACAUUUUAGCAACUGAUAAACUACAAUCAGUCUGCGAGUUACCAGGAGAUAAAAACAUGGAUACAGAAGCGGGAGAAUUAUCAGAAAUCGAAAAACAAAUAGCUUGUAAUGAACCAGAAAUAGAGUGUGCUAAAGAUGCACAAAAUGCAAACGAAAUGUCGUACAUUCAUCAUAAGAAUGAACAUGAUAAUGAAGUAGAAACUCAAGAAUCUUCUGAAACACCUGAUACCCCCAUGCCGGAUAAACAAGAACCUAUUCGUGCGUCAACAGAAGAAUCUAUUAUGAAUACAGAAGUAGUAGAAUUGUCUGUAACAGAAAAUAGAAUACAAAAUCCCUGUACUGAACCAGAAGUAGAAACUGUUAUGGGUACAGAAUGUGAAAAUCCAACGCCCUCCACCCAUCAAGUAGAAAAGUGUGCCACUGAGAAAGAAGUUUCGGAAUCUUCGCAAACGUUACACAUUUUAACAACUGAAAAACAACAAUCAGUCUGCGAGUUACAAGGAGACAGAAAUAUGGAUACAGAAGCGGUAGAAUUAUCAAAAAGCGAAAAGCAAGUAGCAUGUAAUGAACCAGAAAUAAAGUGUGCUAAAGAUGCACAAAAUGCAAACGAAAUGUCGUACAUUCAUCAUAAGAAUGAACAUGAUAAUGAAGUAGAAACUCAAGAAUCCUCUGAAACACCUGAUACCCCCAUGCCGGAUAAACAAGAACCUGUUCGUGCGUCAACAGGAGAAUGUAUUAUGAAUACAGAAGUAGUAGAAUUCUCUGUAGCACAAAGUGGAAUACAAAACCCCUGUACUGAACCAGAAGUAGAAACUGUUAUGGGUACAGAAUGUGAAAAUCCAACGCCCUCCACCCAUCAAGUAGAAAAGUGUGCCACUGAGAAAGAAGUUUCGGAAUCUUCACAAACGUUACACAUUUUAGCAACUGAAAAACAACAAUCAGUCUGCGAGUUACAAGGAGACAGAAAUAUGGAUACAGAAGCGGUAGAAUUAUCAAAAAGCGAAAAGCAAGUAGCAUGUAAUGAACCAGAAAUAGAGUGUGCUAAAGAUGCACAAAGUGAAAAUAAAAUAUCGUACAUUGAUCAUAAGAAUGAACAUGAUAAUGAAGUAGAAACUCAAGAAUCCUCUGAAACACCUGAUACCCCCAUGCCGGAUAAACAAGAACCUAUUCGUGCGUCAACAGAAGAAUCUAUUAUGAAUACAGAAGUAGUAGAAUUGCCUGUAACAGAAAAUAGAAUACAAAAUCCCUGUACUGAACCAGAAGUAGAAACUGUUAUGGGUACAGAAUGUGAAAAUCCAACGCCCUCCACCCAUCAAGUAGAAAAGUGUGCCACUGAGAAAGAAGUUUCGGAAUCUUCACAAACGUUACACAUUUUAGCAACUGAUAAACAACAAUCAGUCUGCGAGUUACAAGGAGACAGAAAUAUGGAUACAGAAGCGGUAGAAUUAUCAAAAAGCGAAAAACAAGUAGCAUGUAAUGAACCAGAAAUAGGGUGUGCUAAAGAUGCACAAAAUGCAAACGAAAUGUCGUACAUUGAUCAUAAGAAUGAACAUGAUAAUGAAGUAGAAACUCAAGAAUCCUCUGAAACACCUGAUACCCCCAUACCGGAUAAACAAGAACCUAUUCGUGCGUCAACAGGAGAAUGUAUUAUGAAUACAGAAGUAGUGGAAUUCUCUGUAACAGACAAUGGAACACAAAAUCCCUGCAGUGAACCCGAAGUAGAAACUGUUAUGGGUACAGAAUGUGAAAAUCCAACGUCCACCACCCAUCAAGUAGAAAAGAGUGCCACUGAGAAAGAAGUUUCGGAAUCUUCACAAAUGUCAUAUAUUUUAGCAACUGUUGAACAACAAUCAGUCUGCGAGUUACCAGGAGAUAAAAAUAUGGAUACAGAAGCGGGAGAAUUAUCAGAAAUCGAAAAACAAAUAGCUUGUAAUGAACCAGAAAUAGAGUGUGCUAAAUAUGCACAAAGUGAAAAUAAAAUAUCGUACAUUGAUCAUAAGAAUGAACAUGAUAAUGAAGUAGAAACUCAAGAAUCCUCUGAAACACCUGAUACCCCCAUACCGGAUAAACAAGAACCUAUUCGUGCGUCAACAGGAGAAUGUAUUAUGAAUACAGAAGUAGUGGAAUUCUCUGUAACAGACAAUGGAACACAAAAUCUCUGCAGUGAACCAGAAGUAGAAACUGUUAUGCGUACAGAAUGUGAAAGUCCAACGCCCUCCACCCAUCAAGUAGAAAAGUGUGCCAUUGAGAAGGAAGUUUCGGAAUCUUCACAAACGUUACAUAUUUUAACAACAGAGAAACAACAAUCAGUCUGCGAGUUACCAGGAGAUAAAAAUAUGGAUACAGAAGCGGGAGAAUUAUCAGAAAUCGAAAAACAAAUAGCUUGUAAUGAACCAGAAAUAGAGUGUGCUAAAUAUGCACAAAGUGAAAAUAAAAUAUCGUACAUUGAUCAGAAGAAUGAACAUGAUAAUGAAGUAAAAACUCAAGAAUCCUCUGAAACACCUGAUACCCCCAUACCGGAUAAACAAGAACCUAUUCGUUCUUCAACAGAAGAACGUAUUAUGAAUACAGAAGUAGUAGAAUUCUCUGUAACAGACAAUGGAACACAAAAUCCCUGCAGUGAACCCGAAGUAGAAACUGUUAUGGGUACAGAAUGUGAAAAUCCAACGCUCUCCACCCAUCAAGUAGAAAAGUGUGCCAUUGAGAAGGAAGUUUCGGAAUCUUCACAAACGUUACAUAUUUUAACAACAGAGAAACAACAAUCAGUCUGCGAGUUACCAGGAGAUAAAAAUAUGGAUACAGAAGCGGGAGAAUUAUCAGAAAUCGAAAAACAAAUAGCUUGUAAUGAACCAGAAAUAGAGUGUGCUAAAUAUGCACAAAGUGAAAAUAAAAUAUCGUACAUUCAUCAUAAGAAUGAACAUGAUAAUGAAGUAGAAACUCAAGAAUCCUCUGAAACACCUGAUACCCACAUACCGGAUAAACAAGAACCUAUUCGUGCGUCAACAGAAGAAUCUAUUGUGAAUACAGAAGUAGUAGAAUUGUCUGUAAAAGACAAUGGAACACAAAAUCCCUGCAGUGAACCCGAAGUAGAAACUGUUAUGGGUACAGAAUGUGAAAAUCCAACGCCCUCCACCCAUCAAGUAGAAAAGUGUGCUACUGAGAAAGAAGUUUCGGAAUCUUCGCAAACGUUACACAUUUCAGCAACUGAUAAACAGCAAUCAGUCUGCGAGUUACAAGGAGACAGAAAUAUGGAUACAGAAGCGGUAGAAUUAUCAGAAAUCGAAAAACAAGUAGCAUGUAAUGAACCAGAAAUAGAGUGUGCUAAAGAUGCACAAAAUGCAAACGAAAUGUCGUACAUUCAUCAUAAGAAUGAACAUGAUAAUGAAGUAGAAACUCAAGAAUCCUCUGAAACACCUGAUACCCCCAUGCCGGAUAAACAAGAACCUGUUCGUGCGUCAACAGGAGAAUGUAUUAUGAAUACAGAAGUAGUAGAAUUCUCUGUAGCACAAAGUGGAAUACAAAACCCCUGUACUGAACCAGAAGUAGAAACUGUUAUGGGUACAGAAUGUGAAAAUCCAACGCCCUCCACCCAUCAAGUAGAAAAGUGUGCCACUGAGAAAGAAGUUUCGGAAUCUUCACAAAUGUCAUAUAUUUUAGCAACUGUUAAACAACAAUCAGUCUGCGAGUUACAAGGAGACAGAAAUAUGGAUACAGAAGCGGUAGAAUUAUCAAAAAGCGAAAAACAAGUAGCAUGUAAUGAACCAGAAAUAGGGUGUGCUAAAGAUGCACAAAAUGCAAACGAAAUGUCGUACAUUGAUCAUAAGAAUGAACAUGAUAAUGAAGUAGAAACUCAAGAAUCCUCUGAAACACCUAAUACCCCCAUACCGGAUAAACAAGAACCUAUUAGUGAGUCAACAGGAGAAUGUAUUAUGGAUAAGGAAGCAAUAGCAUUCUCUGUAACAGAUAAUGGAACACAAGAUCUCUGUACUGAACCAGAAGUAGAAACUGUUAUGCGUACAGAAUGUGAAAGUCCAACGCCCUCCACCCAUCGAGUAGAAAAGUGUGCCAUUGAGAAGGAAGUUUCGGAAUCUUCACAAACGUCGUACAUUUUAGCAACUGUUGAACAACAAUCAGUCUGCGAGUUACCAGGAGAUAAAAAUAUGGAUACAGAAGCGGGAGAAUUAUCAGAAAUCGAAAAACAAAUAGCUUGUAAUGAACCAGAAAUAGAGUGUGCUAAAUAUGCACAAAGUGAAAAUAAAAUAUCGUACAUUGAUCAGAAGAAUGAACAUGAUAAUGAAGUAGAAACUCAAGAAUCCUCUGAAACACCUGAUACCCCCAUACCGGAUAAACAAGAACCUAUUAGUGAGUCAACAGGAGAAUGUAUUAUGGAUAAGCAAGCAAUAGCAUUCUCUGUAACAGAUAAUGGAACACAAGAUCUCUGUACUGAACCAGAAGUAGAAACUGUUAUGCGUACAGAAUGUGAAAAUCCAACGCCCUCCACCCAUCAAGUAGAAAAGUGUGCCAUUGAGAAGGAAGUUUCGGAAUCUUCACAAACGUCGUACAUUUUAGCAACUGAUAAACUACAAUCAGUCUGCGAGUUACCAGGAGAUAAAAACAUGGAUACAGAAGCGGGAGAAUUAUCAGAAAUCGAAAAACAAAUAGUUUGUAAUGAACCAGAAAUAGAGUGUGCUAAAGAUGCACAAAAUGCAAACGAAAUGUCGUACACUUACCAUAAGAAUGAACAUGAUAAUGAAGUAGAAACUCAAGAAUCCUCUGAAACACCUGAUACCCCCAUACCGGAUAAACAAGAACCUAUUAGUGAGUCAACAGGAGAAUGUAUUAUGGAUAAGCAAGCAAUAGCAUUCUCUGUAACAGAUAAUGGAACACAAAAUCCCUGUACUGAACCAGAAGUAGAAACUGUUAUGGGUACAGAAUGUGAAAAUCCAACGCCCUCCACCCAUCAAGUAGAAAAGUGUGCCACUGAGAAAGAGGUUUCGGAAUCUUCACAAACGUUACACAUUUUAGCAACUGAGAAACAACAAUCAGUCUGUGAGUUACCAGGAGAUAAAAACAUGGAUACAGAAGCGGGAGAAUUAUCAGAAAUCGAAAAACAAAUAGCUUGUAAUGAACCAGAAAUAGAGUGUGCUAAAGAUGCACAAAAUGCAAACGAAAUGUCGUACACUUACCAUAAGAAUGAACAUGAUAAUGAAGUAGAAACUCAAGAAUCCUCUGAAACACCUGAUACCCCCAUACCGGAUAAACAAGAACCUAUUAGUGAGUCAACAGGAGAAUGUAUUAUGGAUAAGCAAGCAAUAGCAUUCUCUGUAACAGAUAAUGGAACACAAGAUCUCUGUACUGAACCAGAAGUAGAAACUGUUAUGCGUACAGAAUGUGAAAGUCCAACGCCCUUCACCCAUCAAGUAGAAAAGUGUGCCAUUGAGAAGGAAGUUUCGGAAUCUUCACAAACGUUACACAUUUUAACAACUGAGAAACAACAAUCAGUCUGCGAGUUACCAGGAGAUAAAAAUAUGGAUACAGAAGCGGGAGAAUUAUCAGAAAACGAAAAACAAAUAGCACGUAAUAAACCAGAAAUAGAGUGUGUUAAAGAUGCACAAAGUGAAAAUGGAAUAUCAUACAUUGAUCAUAAGAAUGAACAUGAUAAUGAAGUAGAAACUCAAGAAUCCUCUGAAACACCUGAUACCCCCAUACCGGAUAAACAAGAACCUAUUUGUGAGUCAACAGGAGAAUGUAUUAUGGAUAAGCACGCAAUAGCAUUCUCUGUAACAGAUAAUGGAACACAAAAUCCCUGUACUGAACCAGAAGUAGAAACUGUUAUGGGUACAGAAUGUGAAAAUCCAACGCCCUCCACCCAUCAAGUAGAAAAGUGUGCCACUGAGAAAGAGGUUUCGGAAUCUUCACAAACGUUACACAUUUUAGCAACUGAGAAACAACAAUCAGUCUGUGAGUUACCAGGAGAUAAAAACAUGGAUACAGAAGCGGGAGAAUUAUCAGAAAUCGAAAAACAAAUAGCUUGUAAUGAACCAGAAAUAGAGUGUGCUAAAGAUGCACAAAAUGCAAACGAAAUGUCGUGCACUUACCAUAAGAAUGAACAUGAUAAUGAAGUAGAUACUCAAGAGUCCUCUGAAACACCUUAUACCCCCAUACCGGAGAAACAAGAACCUAUUAGUGAGUCAACAGGAGAAUGUAUUAUGGAUAAGCAAGCAAUAGCAUUCUCUGUAACAGAUAAUGGAACACAAAAUCCCUGUACUGAACCAGAAGUAGAAACUCUUAUGGGUACAGAAUGUGAAAAUCCAACGCCCUCCACCCAUCAAGUAGAAAAGUGUGCCACUGAGAAAGAAGUUUCGGAAUCUUCACAAACGUUACACAUUUUAGCAACUGAUAAACAACAAUCAGUCUGCGAGUUACCAGGAUAUAAAAAUAUGGAUACAGAAGCGGGAGAAUUAUCAGAAAUCGAAAAACAAAUAGCUUGUAAUGAACCAGAAAUAGAGUGUGCUAAAUAUGCACAAAGUGAAAAUAAAAUAUCGUACAUUGAUCAUAAGAAUGAACAUGAUAAUGAAGUAGAAACUCAAGAAUCCUCUGAAACACCUUAUAACACCAUACCGGAGAAACAAGAACCUAUUAGUGAGUCAACAGGAGAAUGUAUUAUGGAUAAGCACGCAAUAGCAUUCUCUGUAACAGAUAAUGGAACACAAAAUCCCUGUACUGAACCAGAAGUAGAAACUGUUAAGGGUACAGAAUGUGAAGAUCCAACGCCCUUCACCCAUCAAGUAGAAAAGUGUGCCACUGAGAAAGAGGUUUCGGAAUCUUCACAAACGUUACACAUUUUAGCAACUGAGAAACAACAAUCAGUCUGUGAGUUACCAGGAUAUAAAAAUAUGGAUACAGAAGCGGGAGAAUUAUCAGAAAUCGAAAAACAAAUAGCUUGUAAUGAACCAGAAGUAGAUUGUGCUAAAUAUGCACAAAGUGAAAAUAAAAUAUCGUACAUUGAUCAUAAGAAUGAACAUGAUAAUGAAGUAGAAACUCAAGAAUCCUCUGAAACACCUUAUAACACCAUACCGGAGAAACAAGAACCUAUUAAUGAGUCAACAGGAGAAUGUAUUAUGGAUAAGCAAGCAAUAGCAUUCUCUGUAACAGAUAAUGGAACACAAAAUCCCUGUAGUGAACCAGAAGUAGAAACUGUUAUGGGUACAGAAUGUGAAAAUCCAACGCCCUCCACCCAUCAAGUAGAAAAGUGUGCCAUUGAGAAGGAAGUUCCGGAAUCUUCACAAACGUUACACAUUUUAGCAACUGAGAAACAACAAUCAGUCUGUGAGUUACCAGGAUAUAAAAAUAUGGAUACAGAAGCGGGAGAAUUAUCAGAAAUCGAAAAACAAAUAGCUUGUAAUGAACCAGAAAUAGAGUGUGCUAAAUAUGCACAAAGUGAAAAUAAAAUAUCGUACAUUCAUCAUAAGAAUGAACAUGAUAAUGAAGUAGAUACUCAAGAGUCCUCUGAAACACUUUAUACCCCCAAACCGGAGAAACAAGAAACUAUUAAUGAGUCAACAGGAAAAUAUAUUAUGGAUACACAAGUGGUAGAAUUCUAUGUAACAGAUAAUGGAACACAAAAACCCUGUACUGAACCAGAAGUAGAAACUGUUAAGGGUACAGAAUGUGAAGAUCCAACGCCCUUCACCCAUCAGGUAGAAAAAUGUGCGAUUGAGAAACAGGUUUCGGAAUCUUCACAAACGUCAUACAUUUUAGCAACUGAGGAACAACAAUCAGCUUGUGAGUUACCAGGAGAUAGAAAUAUGGAUAAAGAAGCGGUAGAAUUAUCAGAAAGCGAAAAGCAAAUAGCAUGUAAUGAACCAGAAAUAGGCUGUUCUAAUCAUGCACCAAGUGCAAAUGAAAUGUCGUACAUUCAUCAUAAGAAUGAACAUGAUAAUGAAGUAGAUACUCAAGAGUCCUCUGAAACACUUUAUACCCCCAAACCGGAGAAACAAGAAACUAUUAAUGAGUCAACAGGAAAAUAUAUUAUGGAUACACAAGUGGUAGAAUUCUAUGUAACAGAUAAUGGAACACAAAAACCCUGUACUGAACCAGAAGUAGAAACUGUUAUGGGUACAGAAUGUGAAAAUCCAACGUCCACCACCCAUCAAGUAGAAAAGAGUGCCACUGAGAAAGAAGUUUCGGAAUCUUCACAAAUGUCAUAUAUUUUAGCAACUGUUGAACAACAAUCAGUCUGCGAGUUACCAGGAGAUAAAAAUAUGGAUACAGAAGCGGGAGAAUUAUCAGAAAUCGAAAAACAAAUAGCUUGUAAUGAACCACAAAUAGAGUGUGCUAAAGAUGCACAAAAUGCAAACGAAAUGUCGUACAUUGAUCAUAAGAAUGAACAUGAUAAUGAAGUAGAAACUCAAGAAUCCUCUGAAACACCUGAUACCCACAUACCGGAUACACAAGAACCUAUAAGUGAGUCAAAAGGAGAAUGUAGUAUGGAUAAGCAAGCAAUAGCAUUCUCUGUAACAGAUAAUGGAACACAAAAUCCCUGUACUGAACCAGAAGUAGAAACUAUUAAGGGUACAGAAUGUGGAGAUCCAACGCCCUUCACCCAUCAAGUAGAAAAGUGUGCGAUUGAGCAACAGGUUUCGGAAUCUUCACAAACGUCAUACAUUUUAGCAACUGACGAACAACAAUCAGCUUGUGAGUUACCAGGAGAUAGAAAUAUGGAUAAAGAAGCGGUAGAAUUAUCAGAAAACGAAAAGCAAACAGGUAAUGGAACACAAAAUCUCUAU